AUGGUGAAUGAACUUUCUGAUAACGCAACUCCAGAAUUGGCGCCACCCUGUGGGCAAGAGAAUGCCAAACUUUCGCCAACUGUUGCUAAAGCAAGUGAAGAGCAAGAACUGCAGAAAACACCAAAUUCGAUAUCCAGCUCAAUAGAGAGUUACUCGCCAGUUGUUCCUGCAGUUGCCCAUCGUGAAGCUUAUACGAACAAUACAUCCAAGUCAGAACUAGAAAGUUUUGAUAUCCCAUCUAAUUCGGGAACUUUGGAUGUGAACGAUGCAGUCGAUGAUUCAUUUGCUGACCUCAGCUCAAGUGCAUCUAUCAAGACCUUUUCAAGUGAUGAACAGGAUGUUCAUGGAAAGGGACCAAACCCAGGCAGCAAGGACGAAGACGAUGACAUUUUCGAGCAUUUCAAUGGGAGCACAAAAGAUCUAGCGAGCCCCUCUCACAAGCGUGCGAUUGAAUAUGACAUCAAGAAUCCCACCUUUUCUCUUCAAAUAGACAAGAUCAGAUACAGCAACGACAAUAGCAAUAGUAGUAGGGGCAGUGCUGGUAGUGCCGAUUUGAAUGCUCCAGUAACUCCCCUCACCCCAAUGAUGGAGGAAGACUUUAAAGAAGAUUUCAAGCACGAUCCCAAGUACAGGAACCUCUCCAGAAACAUAACACCGCUGACUGCAAAACAUGGAGUUUCAGAACGUGCAAUGGUGUCAAGAAUUCAGGAUCUGGAAAGUCAAGCUGAUGACUUAGACACAAGAUAUUUCAAGCUUGAACGUGAAAUUGCAUACGUUAAGGAGAUGUUAUCAGGAAUGAACUACAACGGAUACGAGGCUGCGAAUGCUUCUGUCGAGGUACGCAAACUUUUAUAUGCCAAGGGGAAACUAGAAGAACGACUUCAAGAUACCAAGAAGAAGAGAUAUGAUGUUGGCGUUACGCUGAUCAAAUUGCGUAGGAGUCUAUAUGGCGAUAACAGUGGAGAUAUGACUGAAUAUUUUGCCAGGAACGUCAGUAAUUAG